AUGGAUGAUACACAAACAUCAAGAGAUGAAGAUUUUUCUAUAGGAUGCAGUCCAGUCCAGGAGAAAUCAGACUCACCAGAGCCCAGCUGUGUGUCUGUGAAGAGUGACUGGUCUAUGGAACCUCCACAAAAUUUGAAGUGUGGAGACACAUGUCCACAUCUCAGUUCAGUCCAGCAGGAGAAAUCAGACUUACCAGAGCCCAGCUGUGUGUCUAUGAAGAGUGACUGGUCCAUGGAACCUCCACAAAAUUUUAAGAGUGGAGACACAUGUCCAAAUCUCAGCCAUGACUCUAUCCUUGCUAAAGCCUUCAACACAUUUAGAACAAACCUGAGGAAGAAGUUUCAGUGUCUGUGUGAAGGAACAGCAAAGCAGGGAAACCCAACACACCUGAAUGAGAUCUACACAGAGCUCUACAUCACAGAGAGUGAAAGUGGAGGGAUCAGUAAUGAGCAUGAGGUGAGACAGAUUGAGACACAAUCCAGGAGAGCAGCAACAGAGGACACACCGAUCCAAUGCAAUGACAUCUUUAAACCUUUACCUGGACAAGACAAACCUAUCAGAACUGUGCUGACAAAGGGAGUCGCUGGCAUUGGAAAAACAGUCUCUGUGCAGAAGUUCAUACUGGACUGGGCUGAGAGAAAAGAGAAUCAGGACAUCCAGCUCAUAUUUCCACUUCCUUUCAGAGAGCUCAAUCUGAUGAAGGACAAAAAACUUACUCUUUUAUAUCUUCUUCAUGUCUUUUUCCCUGAAAUAAAAGAAAUUGACAGUUUUAGAGAGGAACAUAAUGUGUUGUUCAUUUUUGAUGGUCUGGACGAGUGUCGUCUAUCUCUGGAUUUUGAGAGCAAUGUAAGGUUGUGUGAUGUCAGUGAAUCAGCCUCGGUGGACGUGCUGCUGAUGAACCUCAUCAAGGGAAAUCUGCUUCCUUCUGCUCUCGUCUGGAUCACUUCACGACCAGCAGCAGCUGAUCUCGUUCCCUCUGAGUGUGUCCAUCGAGUGACAGAGGUACGAGGCUUCAAUGAUCCACAGAAGGAGGAAUACUUCAGGAAGAGAAUCACUGAUCAGAGUCUGGCUGACAGAAUCAUCUCACACCUGAAGUCAUCAAGGAGCCUCUACAUCAUGUGUCACAUCCCAGUUUUCUGCUGGAUCUCAGCCACUGUUCUAGAGAAGAUGUUGAGUGAAGCAGAGAGCGGAGAGAUUCCCAAGACUCUCACUCAAAUGUACACACACUUCCUGAUACUUCAGACCAGCAUUAAACAUGAGAAGGACUAUGAGAAGAAACUGAAGGAUGAAGACAUGAUUUUCAAACUGGGGAAAUUGGCUUUUCAGCAGCUUGUGAAAGGCAAUCUGAUCUUCUAUGAGGAAGACCUGAGCGAGUGUGGCAUUGAUGUGACAGAAGCAUCGGUGUACUCAGGAUUGUGCACUCAGAUCUUCAGAGAGGAGUUUGGCUUGUAUCAGGGGAAAGUCUUCUGCUUUGUUCAUCUGAGCAUUCAGGAACAUCUAGCGGCUCUAUAUAUGCACCUCUCCUUCACAAACAACAACAUAAAUGUGCUUAAUAAUAGAAAGGAAUCAACUCAUGGAGACCAGGUUUCAUUAUCUGACCUGCAUCAGAGAGCUGUGGAUGAGGCUCUACAGAGUAAAAAUGGACAUUUGGACCUUUUUCUGCGUUUCCUUCUGGGUCUGUCAGUGGAGUCUCAUCAGAUUCUUUUACAAGGACUGAUGACACAGACAAGAAGCAGCUUUGACAGCAAUGAGAAAACUGUUGAAUACAUCAAGAAGAAGAUCAAGACGACUCGCUCUCCAGAGAAAUCCAUCAAUCUAUUCCAUUGUCUGAAUGAACUGGGUGAUCAUUCGCUAGUGGAGGAAAUACAGCAGUAUCUGGAAAAAGAAACAAUAAAUAAAGCCAAACUCUCUUCGUCUCAGUGGUCAGCCGUAGCUUUUGUGUUGUUGACAUCAGAGAAGAAGCUGGAUACGUUUUAUAUUAAUAAAUUCGUCAGAGGUAAAAAUAAAGCUGAAAAUGUGAAAGUUCUUAAGAAGCUGCUGCCUGUGAUUCAAGAAGCCAGAUCAGUUCAGUCGUGGAGGUGUGAUAUCACAGAUGAAGGUUGGGCUGCUCUGACUUCAGCUCUGAGAUCAAACCCCUCAAACCUGAGAGAACUGGGUCUGUCCUGGAAUAAACUAGGAGAUUCAACAAUGAAGCUUCUCUCUGCUGUACUGGAGAAUCAUCACUGUAAACUGGAGAUACUGUGGUUGAGUGACUGUAGUAUCACAGAUGAAGGUUGUGCUGCUCUGACUUCAGCUCUGAGAUCAAACCCCUCACACCUGAGAGUUCUGGAUCUGUCUAAGAAUAAACUAGGAGAUUCAACAAUGAAGCUUCUCUCUGCUGUACUGGAGAAUCAUCACUGUAAACUGGAGAAUCUGAAGUUGUGGAGUUGUGAAAUCACAGAUGAAGGUUGUGCUGCUCUGACUUCAGCUCCAAGAUCAAACCCCUCACACCUGAGAGUUUUGAGUCUUUCUAUUAAUGAACUAGGAGAUUCAACAAUGAAGAUUGUCUCUGCUGUACUGGAGAAUAAUCACUGUAAACUGGAGAAACUGAGGUUGUAUAAGUGUGAUAUCACAGAUGAAGGUGGUGCUGCUCUGACUUCAGCUCUGAGAUCAAACCCCUCACACCUGAGAGAACUGGAUCUGACUGAGAAUAAACUAGGAGAUUCAACAAUGAAGCUUCUUUCUGCUGUACUGGAGAAUCAUCACUGUAAACUGGAGAAACUGAAGUUGUGGAUUUGUGAUAUCACAGAUGAAGGUGGUGCUGCUCUGACUUCAGCUCUGAGAUCAAACCCCUCACACCUGAGAGAACUGGAUCUGACAUUUAAUAAACUAGGAGAUUCAACAAUGAAGCUUCUCUCUGCUGUACUGGAGAAUAAUCACUGUAAACUAGAGAAACUGUGGUUGAGGUAUUGUAGUAUCACAGAUGAAGGUUGUGCUGCUCUGACUUCAGCUCUGAGAUCAAACCCCUCACACCUAAGAGAACUGGAUCUGUCUAAGAAUAAACUAAGAGAUUCAACAAUGAAGCUUCUCUCUGCUGUACUGGAGAAUCAUAACUGUAAACUGGAGAAAUUGAAUUUGAGUGACUGUAGUAUCACAGAUGAAGGUUGUGCUGCUCUGACUUCAGCUCUGAGAUCAAACCCCUCACACCUGAGAGAACUGAGUCUGAAUGGGAGUAAUCUAGGAGUUUCAACAAAGAAGCUUCUUUCUGAUCUAAAGGCUGAUCCACAUAUUAAACUGAAGACACUCUCAUACUUCUGACUGUCAGUAGAUGUCAGUCCACUAGAUCACAGAGGAGUUCCCAGCUGUUGUGAACGGUUUUAACCACUGGAGCUCCAGACUGGCAAACUGAAAGACGAUUUCAACUGAGGGGGAAGGAAUACAAUUUCAACCACGAUAAACGUUUUAUACCGGGCCCAAUCUACUACAUCUUCGUCAUGGACCAUUUGUAUUUCAAAGGUGUUUAACAGCCAGUGGGAUGUUUUCCUGCUGGCAGGCUAUUUUGAAUCACUGAAACAAACUCCAAAAUGUUUUCCUUUUUGGCCACAUUUUGUUCAAAAUUGUCACACCUGUUCUAAUUUUGCUUGAAGUGGUCAUAUUCUUUGAAGUUUAUUCAUUUAAGUAUCUCUGUAAGAAUAGUUGACUUGUUUGGCAGCCAUUGCAUGAUGAAGUGAGCAAGAGAACUGGCGACACUGUGUUCAGACCUCACUGAAUUUGCUCUGUAUAUUUCUGGAUUUGCUCUCUCUCGCCUUUGGAUUAGAGGUCAAAUGAUUGAUGAUCAUUCCCAUCAUCCUCAGUCACUCUCAGCAUUCUCAUUAUUGCCACACACUUUUGCUGGUUAUCCUUGAAACAUUCCUUUCAUCUCAGUUCUUGGCAGUAAGAGUUUUGUCUGUUGUGAGAGUUUGCAUUACCACAGUAUUAUGCGAUUAGGUGUUAUUUGAUUGGUUCUUGUUCUGUGGUACUUAUUUGUAUCCAGUGCUCAAUGUCUUUGUAAAUACAGAGCAAACUACAGUAAACACAAAAUAGCUCUUAUCACAACAUGGUCAUGUUAGACUUCUCAGGUGGAGAAAAGUGGACAAGUCUGCAUUACUGUACACAAGACUGUGUAACACAUAUUACAAUAAAUACAAAUAGCUUGCCAGUAAAUACAUAUAAUUACAGAUUACAAAUAUUUCUGACCUCUGUUAGGGGCAAAACUGUAUCCAGGCAACAGAUCUCCUGAAAUCUCUUUAUUGUUCUAGUGAUUUUCUCAAAUAAACUUAUUAACGAUAUUAUAAAAAAAA